AUGCUUUAUAGUGAGAUACAGGUGCAGGAGGGGUCUGACUGCAUGCAAAAGGGUGAUGCCGUUAGCAAUCAGAUAAGCAAGGUUGAAUGUGACAAUGUUGAAGUCUACAGUAUUCCAGGUGUGAACAAGCCCGCUGAACUACGCAAAUCUUUUUCUCUUUGGUCUGUUCUAGGGGUUGGUUUUGGCCUAACUAAUUCAUGGUUUGGGCUUUCGGUUUCGAUGGUUACAGGUAUUUCUUCUGGAGGACCUAUGAUGAUCAUCUAUGGUAUAGUAAUAAUUGCUCUUAUUUCUGUCUGUGUUGGUGUAUCGUUAGGCGAGCUAUCUUCGGCUUAUCCCCAUGCUGGUGGCCAGUUUUGGUGGUCCUUGCAGUUAGCACCUAAUAAGUAUAAGAGACUGGCUGCUUACCUCUGUGGGUCUUUUGCGUGGGCGGGAUCUGUUUUUGCAAGUGCGUCUUCCACGUUGUCUACCACUCGGUUAUUGUUAGGAAUGUAUGCGUUGGUGCAUCCAAGCCUGGAGAUUAAGGAUUGGCAUGUUUUUGUUUGCUACCAAGCGUUGCAUAUGUUCCUGUUGCUAUUUAAUUGUCAUGGAAGGCCGCUCCCUUUGAUCUCAUCUACUGCGUUGUACGUUUCUCUAUUCUCCUUCAUCACCAUCACCAUUACGGUUUUGGCUUCCUCUCAUGGUAACUUCAAUGAUGCAAAGUUUGUUUUCGCCAAUUUCAGAAAUGAAACCGGUUGGGAGAGUAACACUAUUGCAUUUAUAGUGGGAUUAAUUAACCCCGCAUGGUCCUUUUCGUGUUUGGACUGUGCCACACACAUGGCGUUUGAGGUUGAGAAGCCGGAAACUGUAAUUCCAACUGCUAUUCUAGGCACUGUGGCAAUCGGAUUCCUCACAUCUAUCGUAUAUUGCAUUGCUAUGUUCUUCUCCAUUCGUGAUUUGGACGGUAUUUUAUCCUCCACAACAGGCGCGCCAAUUUUGGAUAUUUAUUACCAGGCGUCUGGAAGCAAGGCUUGUGCCAUCGUUCUAGGAUCCUUAGUCUUACUUACAUCUUUCACGUGUGUCACCUCUUGCCAUACAUGGCAAGCUAGGCUAUGCUGGUCUUUUGCUAGAGAUAAUGGUUUCCCAUAUUCACGCAUAUGGGCAAAAGUGAAUACUGAAUUGGGCGUGCCCCUAAACGCUCAUCUAUUAUCAUGUGCCGUCAUUUCUCUUUUGGGAGUGUUGUACUUGGCUUCCUCUACUGCAUUUAACGCAUUGGUCACAGGUUGUAUUUCAUUUUUGUUACUAUCUUAUACAGUUCCUGUGAUUUGUCUCUUACUGAAACAGAGAAAUAUAAAACGUGGGCCAUUUUGGUUGGGCAAGUUCGGCACAUUUUCCAAUUAUGUCUUGCUAGCAUGGACAUUGUUUUCCCUGGUCUUUUUCAGUCUCCCUCCAAUGAAGCCUAUAACAAAAGGCAACAUGAAUUAUGUUUCAAUUGUAAUUUUGAGCUAUCUCUUAUACUCGAUUCUGUAUUGGAAAUUCAGUGGUCACAAGAAAUUCUAUAUUUAUCAGGAAAAAAUACCAGUAGAAGAAUCUGAUGAAAGAGCAGAAAUUGAUGAUCCCAAUUCAAAGCUGCAAAAGAUACCAACCCAUUCAAAUAUAUGA